AUGCAAUCAGGGUUCAAUUCCGGAGGAGGAGCCGGGGGUCUGCCGGAGUUUUACACCGGAGGAGGAGCUAGAUCGAUCGGGAACACCAUGAACAACCACCCUUCUCAGCCUCAGUACCACCACCGAUCCCAGCUCCCAGGGCUUUUCAUGGACUCGACCGUUUCUCAGAUCGGUACUCGCCAAACACAAAAUCCACACAACAGUACAGCCGGGCUCAUCGGAAAAAGGACUCUUGCCGAGUUUCAGUUCCAUCAGCAGAAUCCCUACCAGCAGAAUCUGACUAACCAGCAAAAUAUGUAUCUGCGGUCGCUCAAGCCGAGAACCGCGGCCAAUUUCCAGCAAUCUUUCCAGCACUCCUCUCCAAUCUCGCCUCUGUCUCCGAUUGAUUUCUCAUUAGCCUCGUCUUAUACAGGUUCGGACAAUUCGAGUUCUUCUACGACGUCGUCUAUGUUAUCACAGCGAUCCGGUUUUGCCCCGCUUCUUCAACAGCUCCGGCCUCAGCCGAUUAGUAGCCCGACUUUUCAGGCGUCCUCCUUUGUUCAGAACCGGGUUUCGGUUUCUAUGGAGUCCGAGAAGAAGAUGAUUAACCCGGUUGUUUCGGUAUCGGCUCCGGUUUCAUCAGUCGAUUCUGAGAAGAAGAUGAUUGACCACAGGCUACAGGAAUUGGAGAAGCAGCUCCUCGAUGAUAACGACGAAGAGGAGGAAGCCGGCGACGGCGUUUCGGUUAUCACUAAAACCAACAGCGAGUGGUCCGAGACGAUACAGAAUCUGUUCGGUCCGAAUCCGAAGACCCAGAAGCCGGUGUCUCCUUCGCCCACUUCGUCGUCGUCGUCAUCCUCCUCGGUGGCGUCUCCGGCGACGCUGACGUGUUCAAAGCAGUCACUGAUGGAGGCCGCAUCGGCCAUUUCAGAAGGGAAAUCCGAGGCCGCGGCUGAGAUCCUCACGCGCCUGACACAGGUCACAAGUCCGAUACCGAAUUCGGAGCAGAGGCUGCUUGAGUUCAUGGCUUCGGCGUUGAAGUCCCGGGUAAACCCGGCGGAUAAUCCGCCGCCGGUGAAGGCGCUUUUCACUCAGGAACACGCCGGGUCGACUCAGUUCCUCUACGAGCUCUUGCCGUGUUACGGACUUGGAUUCAUGGCAGCUAACCUGGCGAUUCUGGAAGCUACAUUAGCGGACCAGUCGACGACCAAUAAGGUCCAUGUGAUUGACUUCGACAUUGGGCAGGGCGGCCAGUACAUGCACCUCCUGCAGGCGCUCUCCAGGCGCCAGAAUGGGAAGCCCUCGGCGGUGAAGAUCACCACCGUGGCUGAUAACGGCGGAGGCGAGGAGAGGCUGAGAACAGUCCGUGAGAAUCUGAAUCAAGUGGCGAAGGAGCUGCGCGUGGGGUUGGAAUUCAACGUGGUGGGUCACAAGCUCAGCGAGCUGAACCGGGAGUCGCUCGGCUGCGAGCCGGACGAGCCGAUCGCCGUGAACUUCGCGUUCAAGCUGUACAGCAUGCCGGACGAGAGCGUCUCCACGGACAACCCAAGGGAUGAGCUCCUGCGGCGCGUGAAGGGACUCGCGCCGCGCGUGGUGACGCUGGUGGAGCAGGAGCUGAACACCAACACCGCGCCGUUCAUGGCGCGCGUGAACGAGUGUUGCGCGUAUUACGGAGCGCUAUUGGAGUCGAUCGAGGCGGUGGCGAAGGACCACCCGGACCGAGCCAAGGCGGAGGAGGCGCUGAGUCGCAAGCUCGCGAACUCCGUCGCUUGCGAAGGGAGGGACCGCGUUGAAAGAUGUGAAGUGUUUGGGAAGUGGCGGGCCCGGAUGGGAAUGGCGGGGUUCGAGUUGAGGGCAAUGAGCCAAAGCGUGACCGAGUCGCUAAAGCGACUUAGUUCCGGCAAAUGUGUCAACCCCGGGUUCACCGUUAAAGAACAGAACGGCGCCGUUUGUUUCGGUUGGAUAAGCCGCACUCUCACCGUGGCAUCAGCUUGGCGUUAACUUCACUCGCUCACCACCCCCUAUUUUCUUUUUCUUUUUCAUUUUCUCACGAAUAUUAUUAAUUGUUAUAAAUAUCUCUUUUUAAUUGUCGAAGCUUUGCUUUCCUGAGAAAAUGGAAAAAGGGAAGGAAAAAAAGGAAGCUAAUUCUGUACCAAACGCAACAAUAAAAAUGAGUGUUUGGAUUCCUAGAAAAUUCCUGUGCC